AUGUCGUUGAAACAGGAAAUAGAAACUUGGGUCACCGCCCUUGCGCGGUACGACAACAAUGAGUUUGACGAGGCCCUUGGGGAUUUCGAGAAGAUCGCCGACACGUCCAAGAUAUUGUUCAACAUGGGCGUCAUCCAUGCCACACUCGGCGAGCACGAGAAAGCAGUCGACUGCUACCAACGAGCGAUCAAGUUAGACCAGUACCUGGCCGUGGCAUAUUUCCAACAAGGUGUCUCCAACUUCUUGCUCGGCGAUUUCGAGGAGGCCCUAGCCAACUUCAACGAUACCUUAUUGUACCUGCGAGGCAACACCAUGAUCGACUAUGCUCAGCUAGGCCUCCUGUUCAAGCUCUACUCGUGCGAAGUGCUUUUCAACCGCGGCCUCUGCUACCUGUACCUGCAGCAGAAGGAUGCCGGUCUGCAGGAUCUGUCCUACGCCGUCAAGGAGAAGGUUGUCGAGGACCACAAUGUCAUCGACGAGGCCAUCAAGGAAGAGGCAGAGGGCUACACUGUCUUCUCGAUCCCCGUCGGCGUCGUGUACAGGCCGAACGAGGCCAAAGUUAGGAACCUGAAGACCAAAGACUACCUCGGCAAGGCUCGUCUCGUGGCUGCCUCGGACCGGGCCAACGCCUUUACUGGCUUCGCCGGCUCCGAAAUUAAGAACGCUGGCAAGGUGGAGGUCAAGGAUGAUCGUCCAGCGGACAACAUUUCCUUCGCUGCCACCAACCUUGUCAAGCCUGGUCUCGCGAGCAGGAGCAACGCCACGGCCCCACCGCCUCCAGGCCCCCAGGGCUCUAAUGUCUUCCCGCCCACGCCGCCGCCGGAGAAUGAUAAACCCCGCGAGCUGCCCAGCCGGGGCGCUUCUGUCCGCAACGGACCUAAGCCGAUGCCGCCCAAGCUCAAUAUCGACCGGGCGAGGGAACAGGGCCGGUAUGAGAAGGCCAUCUCGCCCGAGGACGCACGGCCGAGAGGACCACCGCGGAGCAACACCGGCGCGUCCAGCCGUAGCUACUCUCAAUCCCAGAGGGGCGGUGGAUCGCGGCGCUCCCCAGUGCAGGAUGACGACGCCUACCCGGACGACGUGUACGACAUGUACAGCGCCGGGUCCUCCCGCAGCACCCAGCGGCCGGGUGGCGGCCCGCGCCGCAUGCAGUCGCAACAGCGCUACUAUGAGGACGAAGAGGACGAUGCCAGCGACUACGACGGCGCCUCGAUCGACGAGGGCGACUUUGAGAUGAUGAACCCGCGACGCGGCACCGCCUCGGUGGCGGGCUCGUCUAGGGCACAGUCCAGGAAGCCUGACAUCAGGAAGGUCAGGGUCAAGGUGCACGCUGACGACGUGCGGUACGUCAUGGUCGGGACGGCUGUGGAGUUCCCCGAUCUGGUCGACCGGAUCCGAGACAAGUUCGGCAUCCGCCGCCGCUUCAAGAUCAAGGUCCGCGAUGAGGACUCGCCCCAGGAUAUGAUCACCAUGGGCGACCAGGAUGAUCUGGACAUGGCCAUGAUGACUGUCAAGUCUCAGGCACGAAAGCAGAAGUUGGACGUCGGAAAGUUGGAGGUCUGGCUAGAGGAGCUCAACUAA